AUGGUCCAACUCACGGCCUUCGCUCUCGCCUUGGCAGCCUUCACCCUCGGUGCCCAAGCCGGCCCCUGUGCGACUUGCAACCCGGUAAAUAUUAUUCAGGACGGCAGCUUCGAGGACGCCUCUUCCACUGCGUGGACGUUUGACAGCGGUGUCACGGUCCAGACCGACGCUCCCGGGGCCGACUAUUCCGUCAGCGGCACAAACUACGUGAGCUUCAACAUCGCCCAACGGGAAGACCGCCAGCGAUAUAGCAUCUCCCAGCAGUUGACGGGACUCAAGCCGAACCAGCCAUACACGCUGCAGUUUACCUGGGAACUUACCGACGCCAGUGGCAUUUACGACGGUGGCGUUGAUAUCCAGACGCAACUGGACGGCGUCCAAGUUGAUUUUAUCGGCUCUUCGGGUCGCGGGCCCUUGGACCAGGUCACGCUGCACACCGUGACCAUCACGCCCACGUCGUCCACUCCCGUCUUGCGGAUUAGCUGUGGCGGCGGUGGAAACUACUACUACGGUGCGACCAUAGCGAUUGAUGACAUUAGUCUGGGGAAGCUUUGCGCUCAGUGA